CCGAUGCGGUCACUUACUCCGGAGGAGAGGCCCGCCCCUUUGCCCAAGCAAAAGCAGAAGCCAUUCUGCGCGCGCACCGCGGAGAUGGACGGACACGGACACGGCCGGACGCGGGAAGGGGAGUGGGAAGAGAGGGUGUGUAGACGGAUGAAAAGUCAAGAAGGGGGAAAAGGGAAACGAAACCGGUUCUUGUAACCUUGAACGCCGGUC